CGGGCGCCGACGUGGGCAACAGCCCCCGCGCCCGCCCGCCCUGCGGUCCGGUCGGUGCGCCGUCCGCUCCCGUCUCCCGCGCGGUACCAGCUCCCUGAGCUGCUCGGGCGGUGGGUGAGCGGCGAGCGGGCUUCGACGAGCCCGAGGAGGUGCAGGCUGCCGCGGCCCCGCAGAUCAGUGUGGAGCGCCCAGGGCCUGGAAAGUAAUGGCGCCUGGGAUUCGGGAGAAGGAGCCGCGGACAAGGAGGGCCCGUGCUCAGGAAAGGGGACGUCAGUCUGCUGGGCUCGCAGCCCCUGCCCGUCUGUCUGCAGGUCUGCAUGUCAGUUCCUAGCACUCUGCAAGGCUAGAACAGGAGGAGGAACCUGUCCAGAAUUCCUGCAGUCUAUCCUUCAGGACAGGAAAAGGAAGGGGAAAUCUCAACAUGGAAAACCUCUACAGUGACAACGAAGGAAAGCUGGAGAGCCAGGGAAAGCCUGAAGGUGAAGUAGAGGCUGAAGGUGACGGAAGUUCAGAUGAGGAAGAAAGGCUGGAAGUGGGGAGGAAGCCAGGGCACGCGAGAAAGCUCCAGAAUGAGGGACAGCCAGAAGAUGAGGAGGAGCAUGAAAAGCAGGGAAAGGCCGGAGAUGAGGGAGAACCUCGUGGGGAGGCAAAGCCCACGAGUGGGCCGCGAGCCACCAAAAAGCGCCCGGCUGAAGAUUAUGUGCCCCGGAAAACCAAAAGAAAAACGGACAGGGGCACGGACGAUUCCCCCAAGGACUAUCAGGAGGAUUUCCAGGAAAGACAUCUGGGCAGUGAGGAGAUGAUGAGAGAAUGCAGAGAUGUGUCAAGGGCUCAGGAAGAGCUAAGGAAAAAACAGAAAAUGGGCGGUUUGCACUGGAUGCAAAGAGAUGUACAGGAUCCAUUCACCCCAAGGGGCCAACGGGGAGUCAGGGAAAUAAGGGGCGGAGGUAGGGGUCAAAGGGGUUUACAUGAUAUCCCAUAUGUUUAAUGACUGGGCCUUCAAUUCUGAUUUCUCUGAUGAGAAUAUUGCUGACUCUGCUUUCCCUGGCAGGGACUUGCCAGGCUCUAUGUGCUAAACCUUAAGGUGAUAGACGUCACUCUUGUUACCAGCAACAACCUUUUGAUCCAACUACAGUGCUCUCUGCCUUUCAGUGGGGGAUUUUCACCCAUGUGCAUGGAAGAGAUGUUCAUGGUACACCGGAAAAUAAUAAUAAAGAAAAGACCAGUUUUCAGAACCACAUAUACAGUAUCAGCCCAUUUUUGUAAAAAUAUAAUGUGUUUGCAUAACACAUUUGUGCACAGAGAAAACUCUGAAAAUAUGUCCACUAAAAAUUGGUCAUAUUUUUUUCCUGCAUGGUAGCCAAAGAGAAGUACUCAAAACUGAGUCCAAUCACCUGAUGAGUAGGCACCUCCAUGCCAUUCCUCUGCAGGCGUGCUCAUCCCCACGUGUUCACAUAGUUAUAACCAUGUCAGCUGCCCCUCUGCAUCCUCUGCUGUCCUAUGGCUCCCACCAUGUGUGAUUUUUGUUUUUAUCUGCUCACUCAUCUAUACUUUUUACUAAAUGUUAUAGAUUAUGUUUGUCAUAAUAAUAACUAAAACCAAAAAACAAUACAUGAUACAUGAUUGAA